AUUUCUUGCCAAAAACUGGUUUCUUGACAAGAAACCAAUUUCUUGAGCAAUCCCCCAAAAUUUGUGAAGGUACCUAUUCAUCGCCGUGGCCGCGACCAAGGAAUUCUCCGUGGCCGCGACCACCCUCCGCGACCGCGGGACACAUCCGAGGCCGUGAUAUAUUUUGCGUUGAACUUGAAAUUUGGGACCCAAAAAAUACUCCAAAAAAAAUGAGGCUAAACAAAGUUUCGGAGCUUAUCCACAACUCCACCAAUCAUCAGAAUUUGGACAGCGCUGGUGUAUCAGUUCACUUUCAGGAGAUAAUGGAUUUGGAUGAUGGGGCUUAUGAAGUUGUCCCCGGAAGUGAUUUUGUGGUUACUCGGGUGGCAUUCCGGGAUAACUCCUCCAAGUACUAUAUCGACAACAGAGCUAGUAAUUUUACAGAAGUGACCAAGUUGUUGAGGGGGAAAGGUGUCGACUUGGAUAACAACCGUUUUUUGAUUCUUCAGGGUGAAGUAGAGCAAAUAUCAUUGAUGAAGCCGAAGGCACAGGGGCCACAUGAUGAAGGUUUUCUCGAGUAUCUUGAGGAUAUAAUUGGAACUAACAAAUAUGUUGAGAAGAUUGAUGAAUCUUUCAAGCAGUUGGAAUUGCUCAAUGAAAAGAGGUCUGGUGUAGUUCAAAUGGUCAAAUUAGCUGAAAAAGAAAGAGAGAGCCUAGAGGGUGUCAAGAAUGAAGCAGAAGAUUACAUGCUUAAAGAAUUAUCACUGUUAAAAUGGCAAGAAAAAGCUACUAAGCUAGCUUCUGAAAGCACCGUUACUGAAAUAGCAGAACUGCAAGCAACUGUUUCAAACUUAGAAGCAAAUGUGAAGACUGAAAGGGAGAAAAUUCAUGAAAAUACCAAGACUUUGAAAGAACUUGAAGCGUUGCAUGUGAAGUACAUGAAGAUACAAGAGGAACUUGAUAGUGAUCUGAGACGAUGCAAAGAUGAGUUUAAGGAAUUCGAAAGGCAGGAUUUGAAGCACAGGGAAGACUUCAAGCAUUUGAAGCAAAAGAUAAAAAAGCUCGAUGAUAAGCUUGAAAAGGAUUCAAAUAAAAUAGAUGACCUCACAAAAGAGUGUGAGGAGUCUACAAAUUUGAUUCCUCAGCUUGAAGGUGAUACUCCUAAGCUACAGAAACUUCUAGUGGAUGAGGAAAAGAUUCUGGAAGAAAUCAAGGAAAAUGCGAAAGCUGAAACGGAAGUUUUUCGUUCUAAACUUUCUGAGGUUCGUACUGAACUAGAACCCUGGGAAAAACAAUUGAUUGAACACAGAGGAAAGUUUGAUGUUGCUUCAGCUGAAAGAAAACUUUUUAUCGAGAAGCAUGAGGCAGGCCGCACGGCUUAUGAAGAUGCACAAAAGCAGAUUGGUGACAUUAACAGAAAAAUUGAGACAAAGACUUCCAGUUUGCAAGAGAUUCAGAAUGAAAUUGAGAAACUCAGACUUGAAGCAUCCGAAGCCCGUAAAUUGGAGAAAGCAUGUCUUGAGGAACAAGAGAGGUUGAUACCUCUGGAACAGGCUGCAAGACAAAAGGUUGUGGAGCUUUCAUCAGUUAUGGAAUCUGAGAAGAAUCAGGGAUCUGUCUUAAAAGCGAUACUCCAUGCUAAAGAAGCAAACAUUAUACCAGGAAUAUAUGGCCGAAUGGGGGAUUUGGGAGCUAUUGACGCAAAAUAUGAUGUAGCCGUAUCGACUGCAUGUCCUGGACUUGAUUACAUUGUUGUCGAAAACACUGCUGCCGCACAAGCUUGCGUUGAGUUACUCCGCAGCCAAGACCUUGGUGUUGCUACUUUCAUGAUUCUGGAGAAACAAUCCAGUCAUCUGCCUCGACUUAAGGAAAAAGUCGUGACUCCAGAAAAUGUCCCGCGCCUAUUUGAUUUGAUCAAGGUGCAGGAUGAGCGGAUGAAACUAGCUUUCUUUGCGGCCUUAGGGAACACAGUUGUAGCUAAAGAUCUGGAUCAGGCAUCUCGGGUUGCUUAUGGGGGAAAGAAGGAAUUUUGGCGUGUUGUGACACUUAAUGGUGCUCUGUAUGAAAAAUCUGGCACCAUAUCUGGUGGUGGAAGUAAGCCACGUGGGGGCAAAAUAGGGACGUCCAUUCGUGCCAGUGUCUCUAGUGAAGCUGUUGCAAAUGCUGAAAAAGAGUUGUCCGAUUUGGUUGAGAGCCUAAACACUGUACGUAGCAAAUUAGCUGAUGCAGUUAAGAAUUACAAGGAUUCAGAAAAAGCCAUUGCACCUCUGGAGAUGGAGUUGGCCAAAAGCCGAAAGGAGAUAGACAGUCUGAAGUUGUUACUAGGUGAUAUAGAGAAGCAGCUAGAUUCCCUCAAGGCUGCAUCAAAGCCUCCAAAGGCAGAAUUGGAUCAACUGAAGAAGCUUGCAAACAUCAUUUCUGCUGAAGAGGAAGAGAUUGACAGGCUUACACAAGGCUCGAAACAACUCAAAGAGAAGGCUUUGGAGCUACAGAACAAAAUAGAAAAUGCUGGUGGAGAAAAACUGAAAAACCAGAAGUCUAAAGUUAGCAAAAUUCAGUCGGACAUUGACAAAAAUAGCACUGAGAUUAACCGCCGCAAAGUUCAAAUAGAAACAGGUCAGAAAAUGAUAAAGAAACUGACAAAAGGGAUUGAAGAGUCCAGAAAUGAGAAAGAAAGGCUUACACUGGAAAGGGAAAAGUUACAGUCCGCCUUUAAAGAAAUCGAACUGAAAGCUUUUACUGUUCAGGAGAAUUAUAAGAAAACACAGGAGCUGAUAGAUCAACACAAAGAUGUCCUGCACCAAGCAAAAUCUGACUAUGAAAAACUGAAGAAAAUUGUGGAUGAGCUGCGGACAUCUGAGGUGGAUGCUGAGUACAAGUUACAAGAUAAGAAGAAAGCAUGUAAAGAGCUGGAAAUGAAGGGGAAAGGUUACACGAAGAAGCUUGGUGAUCUUGAAGUUGCAAUUUUAAAGCACAUGGAGCAAAUUCAGAAGGAUAUGGUGGAUCCUGAGAAGCUUCAAACAGUGUUGACAGAUGUAACUCGUGAUGAAAUCAGUGACCUUAAGAGGUCUCUUGAGAAGGUGGCACUUCUUGAGGCCCAACUGAAAGAAAUGAACCCGAACCUUGAAUCAAUUGCAGAGUAUCGGAAAAAAGUGAGUUUGUACAAUGAGCGAGUUGGUGAUCUUAAUUCAGUAACCAAUGAGCGGGAUGACAUCAAAAAGCAAUAUGAUGACUGGAGAAAGAAGAGGUUAGAUGAAUUCAUGGCAGGUUUCAACACAAUCUCGUUGAAACUGAAAGAAAUGUACCAGAUGAUUACGCUGGGAGGUGAUGCAGAGCUCGAGCUAGUGGACUCGCUGGAUCCUUUUUCCGAGGGAGUCGUUUUCAGUGUUCGACCCCCCAAAAAAAGCUGGAAAAAUAUUGCUAACUUGUCUGGCGGUGAAAAGACACUCAGCUCACUGGCCCUCGUUUUUGCCUUACACCACUACAAACCAACUCCACUCUAUGUGAUGGAUGAGAUCGACGCUGCUUUAGAUUUCAAGAAUGUCUCUAUCGUGGGGCAUUAUGUGAAGGACCGUACAAAGGAUGCACAGUUCAUCAUCAUAAGCCUCCGGAAUAACAUGUUUGAGCUGGCGGACCGGCUCGUUGGAAUCUACAAAACCGAUAACUGUACCAAGAGUAUCACCAUCAAUCCUGGAAGCUUUGUAGUCUGUGAGCAGGUCUCUUAA